AAACCGCAGACAUACGGCGCUGGAUCAACUGCUCCUCAACGACAGUCGCCACAUCAACAACAACAAGCGGCUAUGGCUGCGGCAAUGAUUGCAGCUAUGGCAAAUGGUGCACAAGCAACCGUUCCUGGUCCGGAUCCUAAUACUUCAAUAUCCUCACCAGUCAACAACGCGCAACCCUUGCAAAACGAUAAUUCGUUCGCCAUUGAUUCGGGCACUGCCUCCAGCCCACCUGCUACCGGUUCCGUUAAAACCAGUCCCGUGAUUCAGCCAGUUUACCGAGGCAAUGGAGUUGGUGACUGGUGGCCCACAGUCGCGGCUAGCUGA